GAGCUGAAAAUGUCUAUCCUUGGCCUAAAGAAGAAACAGCCCAAGACUUUUAAAGUCAAAGUCGUCACUAUGGAUGCCGAAAUGGAAUUCAGUUGUGAAGUUAAGUGGAAAGGAAAAGACCUGUUUGACCUUGUUUGCCGUACCAUUGGACUUCGGGAAACCUGGUUCUUUGGUCUGAGAUAUAAGGUGAAGGAUACCAACGCCUGGCUGAAGACAGAGAAACGGGUCUUGGAUCAAGAAGUCCCCAAAGACUCCCCAAUAACAUUUCAUUUCUUAGCAAAAUUCUUCCCUGAGAAGGUGGAGGAGGAGCUGGUCCAGGAGAUUACGCAGCAUCUCUUCUUCUUACAGGUUAAAAAGCAGAUAUUAGAUGAAGAGAUAUUUUGUUCACCUGAAGCGUCUGUACUUUUGGCAUCAUAUGCUGUUCAAGCAAAGUAUGGUGACUAUGACCCAAACUUCCACAAACCUGGCUUUUUGGCCCAAGAUGAACUCCUGCCUAAAAGAGUUUUGAUGCAGUACCAGAUGACCCCGGACAUGUGGGAGGAGAAGAUCACCGCCUGGUAUGCAGAGCACAGAGGUAUCGCCAGGGAUGAGGCGGAGAUGGAGUACCUGAAGAUAGCACAGGACCUUGAGAUGUACGGUGUUAGCUACUUCUCCAUCACACAAAACAAGCGUGACACGGAGCUGCAGCUGGGUGUGGAUGCCCAGGGUCUGCACAUCUACAGCCCCAACAGCAAGCUCACCCCCAACAAGUCCUUCCCCUGGAGUGGUAUCCGCAACAUCUCAUACAGCGAGAAAGAGUUCACGAUAAAGCCACUUGACAAGAAGAAGGAUGUUUUCAAGUUCUACUCUUCUCAGCUACGUGUUAACAAACUGAUCCUGCAGCUCUGCAUUGGGAACCACGACCUGUUCAUGAGGAGAAGAAAAGUGGACUCGAUAGAGGUCCAGCAGAUGAAGGCUCUGGCCAAGGAAGAGAAAGCCAGGAAAAAGAUGGAGAGGCAGGUGCUGGCCCGGGAGAAGCAGAUGAGGGAGGAGGCGGAGAGAGCCAAAGAGGAGAUGGAGCGACGCCUCUUCCAGCUGCAGGACGAAGCCCGCAUGGCCAACGAGGCCCUGCUCCGCUCAGAGGAGACGGCGGACCUGCUGGCAGAGAAGGCCCAGAUCGCGGAGGAGGAGGCCAAGCUGCUGGCUCACAAGGCUGCGGAGGCGGAGCAGGAGCGCCAGCGGCUGGAGGUGACGGCGCUCAAGACCAAGGAGGAGAAACGACUGAUGGAGCAGAAGAUGCGCGAGGCCGAGUCGCUGGCUGUGAAGCUCGUGGAGCAGUCCGAGAGGAGGUUAAAGGAGGCUGAUCACCUAAAGCAGGACCUGAAUGAGGCUAAGGAUGCAGAGCGCAGGGCCAAGCAGAAGCUCCUGGACAUCACCAAAACCACAUACCCGGUGAUCACUUCUUAUGCUACCCCUCCUGCCGCCCCCGAAUACCCUGAAGUGUCCAUGGAAACAGGCUCGCACAGAAUGGACUUCAAGGACUCAGACAUGAAAAGGCUGUCUAUGGAAAUCGAGAGGGAACGGUUGGAGUACAUGGAGAAGAGCAAGCACUUGCAGGACCAGUUGAAGGAACUGAAGUCUGAGAUUGAGUCCCUGAAGCUGGAGGAGCAACAGCAGCAGGCCGGCGUGUUUGGCAUGUGUCCACCCCAGGCCCGCAUCUACUCCGAGCCCAUCUACUUACCUCACAGCAACCGCAACUCUGCCUACCUGACUCAGAUGGCCUACUUUGAGGAGGUGUGAAUGGAGAGACUCCUCAUCGAGAGGAAGAGGAGGAAAGGGCAACAGUACAUAUCCACCUGGAUGUGCGUACUGAUUUUAGCCAUGAACACACACACACACACACACACACACACACCAAGGAGCAGAACAUUUCAGCCUCUACACUAACUCCCAUUGUGAGUCCUGAAGGAACUCUUCACAAACUUUAUUUUUUUUCCUUGCAUUUCAUGGUCUACACAAUUUUAAGUUAUGUGUGCAUUUGGUUGUGUGCAUCUUCCUUGUGCUUUAAUUUCAAACUGAGGUUCCACUGUACAUAUAGCCUAUCUACUAUCAAACCCAGGUGCAUUUUACAAACGUGUUGAAAAAGGGAUUAAUGUUCAGCAAGACGUAUGACUAGUUCAAACCUCUGACACAGUUCCUUGCUGUGAUAUUGCUGUGAAACUCAAGAAAUAUUUAAAGAUCUUGUCGUUUGUGACGAGCAAGCGGUUUAGUAGGUAAAUUACAUUCUGUGAAGUGAGACCACACCCAGUCCCAGAAAGUUAUCACAUAGGAUUAGAUAUCACAUUUUGGGCCCUCAUUUAAAAGGCGGGCAAAGUGUCAAGUCUGUCAUCAAGCAAAGUUGUCGUCCAUGAACUACAGCUAUCCUGUUGCAUGUGAGCGCACUGAGUCUGAGUCCUCAGUGUUUGCACGUAAAGUCUUACCAAUGGCCUUAAAUCAGUUAAUGGAUUUUGCCUAGUUAUUAAAUUAUCUUAAAGGAGAAACCCGGUGAUUUUCUUCACAUAGAUCUCCAUUUAUCGAGGUCACCGAGUACUGUCGGUAUUAAAAAAAACCCGAAAACAAUCGGUUUUGCCCAGCUCGAGUUGCUGCAGCCAACAGCUAAAGCAGCAAGGCAGCUACAGUACUACACAUGGGGGCUCAUGCCCCCCAGAGUGUAAGAAUAGUUUUAGAAGACUGGUCUAAUUUUUCUCAAAUUUACACUACCGGUCAAAAGUUUGGGGUCACUUAGAUUACAAUUUACAUAAUUGCAAAAGGGUUCUCCAAUGUUUUCUCAA